AUGCCUGCCUCCGUUCACUCACAAGACCCGGAGCACGAUCAGUCCAUGAUGGACGUCGAGGCCGAGGCUGAUCCCGUUAACCCCAUUCUGCUGGACGAGAAGCGCAUCGUUGUGUUGCCCGGUUCCUCCGACACUGCUGCCUCGUUCCAGUUCGAGGGCGAGGGUCACACCAUGGGUAAUGCACUGCGAUACGCUAUCAUGAAGAACCCCGCGGUCGAGUUCUGCGGCUACACCAUCCCCCACCCCUCCGACGCCAAGAUGCACGUUCGCAUCCAGACCAACGACACAACGACCGCCCUCGAAGCUCUGGAGAAAGGUUUCAACGACCUGAUGGACCUGUGCGAUGUUGUCACUGAGAAAUUCACCGCUGCCCGCGACCAGUUCAAGGAGGACCGGGCCAACAUGAUGGAGGGCUGA